AUGGCUGCCGAUAUCCCAAUAGAGAACUCCAACCAGUACUCUUUGAUCGCUACAUCUGCACUCUCCAUUUUCAUUGCUACAUUUCUUGUUGGUCUUCGUCUCUUAGCCAAGACCAAGGGUGUCGGAUUUGAUUUCAGUGAUUACUGUAUUGUGGCUGCGCUGUUAUGGAACAAUGCAAUGCAUACAUGUUGCUUGGUCCUGACCACGCAUGGGGGGUUCGGGUUCCAUCUCGUGGAUAUUUAUGAACGGUUUGGCGCUAACACAGUGAUCUUUUUCUUCAAAGGCCUGAUGUCCUUUACGCUCCUGUGGAACUGUACAGUCUGCUUCAGUAAACUCUCCGUUUUACUGAUGUAUGUGACCCUCGUACCCACGCUCUCCAUGAUCAAAUGGGCAAAAUGCAUCGGCAUCACAAUCAUAUUAUGGAACUCGUCCAACAUUGUCGCCGGCUUCUUAAUUUGCCGGCCGCUUGCGAAGAACUGGAACCCCCAACUCCCAGGGACCUGCGGCAGCCAGCCAAACUUCUACUUCGCCAUGGGCAUCAUCAACCUCGUGACAGACCUCAUCAUCAUAGUGCUACCCAUGCCCUAUCUCAUCAAGCUCAAGAUGCCCAUGAGGAGGAAAGGUCUCGCCAUGGGUCUACUUAGCAUUGGUAUCGGUACAUGGGUAAUCACAAUCUACCGACAAACACUCCUCCCCAGCCUCAACUUCGCCGACAUGCCGCACUCCGGUGUCCUCGCGACCAUCCUCUCAGGCCUCGAACCAGCCGUCGCCAUCGGCCUAGCCUGUAUCCCACUAAUGCGACCGCUCUUCUCGCGACGCCAAAAGCCCUCUCUCGAAAGCCACGGCACCGACCACACCUACUCCAGCAACAGCAAGUCUGGUGGCUUUUACUUCCGGAAAGCAAGUAAAAACCCGAUUAAAGAUCCGACAAGCACCUUCUCAGAACUCUACGACGAGACGACGAAUUCCUCACAGGUGGAGUUGAGGAUGGAGCCGUUGCGGGAGGCCACGCCUGCUGCGGAUGCUUGUGUUGCGCAGGAGGGAAAGGGUAAGGAGAAUUGGCCGGCUGGGAGUACGCCUGAGCAGAUGAUUAGGGUUAAGAAGACGUGGGAAGUUAGUAGGGAUUAG